CCAAGCUCGUGGGAAUUUCGACGAACGAACAAAUCCCUCUCUCUCUCUCUCUCCCCACAAACACAAAUUUCUUUCUGCUUGGAUGAUUGGAUCCAAUACAACGAAAACAGGGAAAAAUCAAAAUCUAAACGAAACAACAUAUAAAAUUGAAACCUUUUUUUUUUAUAUUUUAUUCUCUUCGAAAUCAAAAUUAAAACGACGCCAAAGAUGAGUUUCGAUUUCCUUAAAGACGAAGAGGGAACCCCAGAAAGACUCUUGGAACCUCAAAUAAAAAUAAAAAAAGAACAGAUUUUGAUUUAGUUUCGGCUCUGCAUUCCUCCGAUUUCCAAUAUCAGUAUUUAUUUAUCCCUUCUAAACUGAUUCAAUCGAUCGAUGAAGCUUAUCUUUUCCAAGUCUAGGGUUUUGUCUGGUACGCUUUCGCAAAAUGUCAUCAGCAACUGCAUCUCUUCCCACGUCAUCGAAGAACAAUCACUAUAAUGGUCAGCUUCCCCAGCCAUGUCCUCACCUCUCCGACUUCAAGUCCAGACACGGCCACAAGCCCUUCCGAGCCCUACAGGAGUGUCUACGAGUCAAGCCGCUCGGCCGCGCUGCGAUCCGCCGCGAUCCCGGCGAGGUACCUCGUUGUAGCUCUUGCGGCGAAUCAUCUCGUCCUCGCCUCUAUGCAUGCGUCACUUGCGCCGCCGUUUUCUGCCACUCACCGCCUGAGUCAUCACACGCGGCGGCUCAUGCCGAGUCGAUACUGCCGGGUCACGAGAUCGCCAUCGACGUCGAUCGCGCUGAACUUUUUUGCUGCACGUGUCGCGACCAGGUCUACGAUCGAGACUUCGAUGCCGCGGUUGUUCUUGCUCAGACGGCGGCAUCGACGCUUGGCGGAUCAACAAUGCGCGCGGCGCCACCGGAGAAUCUGAGGAAACGGAGGAGAGUGGAUUAUCGGCCGUGGACUCCCGAUCCGAGAGAACGCAUUUUGAUGGGAAAGUAUUCGAGUCCAUUACAGAAGGGAGAUGGCGAUCUUUCUGCUGGCUUGCCAUGGGGAUUGCGUGGUCUGAACAAUCUUGGCAACACUUGUUUCAUGAAUUCGGUCUUGCAAGCACUGCUUCAUACGCCGCCUCUGAGAAACUAUUUCUUGAGCGAUCGCCAUAAUCGUUACGUCUGUCAGCAGAAGAACAAUGCCAACAAUGUCCCUAGGAAGAAAGCCACUGGAAUUGAUAGCAGUAAGAAUUUGCGGUUGUGUCUGGCUUGCGACAUGGAUGCAAUGUUCUCUGCUGUUUUUUCGGGUGGUCGGACGCCGUUCAGCCCUGCAAAAUUUCUACAUAGUUGGUGGCAACAUGCAGCAAAUCUAGCAAGUUAUGAACAGCAAGAUGCCCAUGAAUUUUUCAUUUCCAUGCUUGAUGGUAUCCAUGAAAAGGUGGAGAAGGAUCAAAGUAGGCCCCAUAGCCAAGGCAGUGGAGACUGUUGUAUUGCUCAUAGAGUAUUCUCCGGUAUCUUGAGAUCUGAUGUCACUUGUACAGCCUGUGGUUUCACAUCUACGACUUAUGAUCCAUGUGUAGACAUUUCACUGGACUUGGAACCCAGUCAAGGGGGUUCUGCAAAGAUGGUCUCUACAAAAUCUCAUCAUGCUUGCAAUAGUGAGCCGGAUUCCAUGAUUUCAAGCCAAAAUUGUGGAAUAUCCACCCUCAAUGGGUGCCUAGAUCACUUCACAAGACCUGAGAGAUUAGGCUCAGACCAGAAAUUCUUCUGCCAACAGUGUCAGGUGAGGCAGGAAUCUCUGAAGCAGAUGUCCAUAAGAAAGCUUCCCCUAGUUUCAUGUUUCCACAUAAAAAGAUUUGAGCAUUCAUCUACUCGAAAUAUGUCAAGGAAGGUUGACCGCUAUUUACAGUUCCCAUUUUCUUUGGACAUGGCACCUUACCUCUCUUCUUCUAUCUUGAGAAGUAGAUUUGGCAAUCGGAUUUUUGCUUUUGAUGGAGAUGAGCCUGAUGCUUCCAAUGAGUUAUCUUCAGAGUUUGAGUUGUUAGCUGUGGUAACUCACACAGGUAAACUGGAUGCUGGUCACUAUGUGACUUACCUACGGUUAAGUAAUCAAUGGUACAAAUGUGAUGAUGCAUGGAUUACUCAAGUUAAUGAGAACAUUGUGAGGGCUGCACAGGGGUACAUGAUGUUCUAUGUGCAGAAGGUGCUGAACUAUAAAGCAAGUGAGAAACCGGUUGCUUCCUAAUGCCAUGACAGAAACAGAAUUUGGCGAAUAAAUAGCAUGUUGGGCUGGAUGUUUGGAAUUUUUGAGACAGACAACCAUCAUAUCCAUCAUUUCUCGUCGAAUAAAAUUUCGAUGCUGACUUUUUACUCUCAUUGAACCAAUAUAUCCCAUAUUGGGUUUCCAAUACCGUUGGUUGCUGAUGAUCAUUGGGAAAUGAGCUAAGGUCUCUGUGAUCUCUUCAAUUAUGAUAUCUCUAAGAUUAUUUGUAAUUUUCAGUUGGGGGAGUAAGGUAAGCCUGAAUUUUUUAGGCAUUUUCCGGCAGUAAAGAAUUUUCUUCCAUGAAGGUAUGGAUUCCUUAAAUGGUGUUUAAUUUUUUUUAUUCUUUUUUUGCAUAUCCACAUCUUAUAGCGGGGUUGAUUCUUUUUUAUUCCCUUGGUUCGUCUCAAAAGUGGCAAUACUUGGGAGAUGUAGUUUACUUCUGUACUGAUUCUUUUCCAUUCUAAAUCCAUUUUUAGAUUCUUAACGAGUUCUAUAUUCUCACCACUGUUCCCCCUCCCUUGGCAAUGAGGUUGAUAUUUGAUUAAGCACAAAGUAUAUGAAUCAACAGCAGCACAUUCCAAGGAAAAGUUGUUGGUUAUGUUAUGCCUAUUUAAGGCCUAUUGUGUCCGCAAUUGUUUAUUUUUUUUUUUAUACAAGUAUGGUGGGAACAAUGGCUGUUCCGAAGAGAAUGUAAGAAGGUACAAGUGUUAGUGCA